AUUACUUUGAGGAUAAUGAUAAGGUCAGAUUAGACGAGUUUUUAAUUAUACUCCAGUUUCCAGACCCGAACUAUAUCCCGAGUAAGAAAUUUUUUGUUCAAUAAAAUUUUACUUUUGACGUUAUAACAUCAAAUAUCACCUGAUUUUAUGGAUAAAACUUUAUUACUUAAGUAAUAACCAAGUCUUAAUAUUGGGUAAUAAUAAACGAGAGACACAUGGAAAAUAGGGUUUAAGACUUUUUGGUGAUGAAUAAUUAAAUAAUUCGUCAUCUUCCGUUUAUUAUGCAAAAACUACUGAAGACCAGGCGAAAGAAAGAAAAAAAAAUACAACUUUUAUUACCUUUAAUGGCUUAAAACCCCACCACAUAUGACAGUUGACACACCACACUCUCAAACAAAAUCCCAAUAAACACGUCUCAUCUCCUUUAAUCUUACAUCAAAUCAAUUAAAUCACAGACUAAUUAAAUUUCUUCUCCAUACUAUACUUUAAUUUCUCCAAAAAAAAAAACCCAUGUUUCCUACAUGACUUCUCCACCAAACAUCACUUCAUAGUUAUUUUCUUCCUUUAUUUCAAUCUUAAUCUUAAUAUAAUCUUCAUUAUUGUUGUUAUUAUUUUGUUAACAUAAACUUCCAUGGAAAAAAGCUUUAAUUCUUCUUCAUCAAUGGAUAAUAAUAAUAAUAACAAAACACAUUAUUAUUAUUCUUUCACAAAUAUUACCCUUCUUCUUCUUGUUCUCCUUACAGGAAUUUUCUUUCUUUCUCUAAAUUCUUCAAAAUCUCUCCUCUCUUCUAAGUUACUCCAAUGCCCUUCUAUCUCUCAUCCACCAAACCAGGCGGCGUUACAGGCUCCAAAAGACGAGUUAGAAGAGACAUUACAAAAGGUAUCCAUGAAAAAUAAGACGGUAAUAAUAGCGGUUGUAAAUAGGGCAUAUGUUGAAGGUGAAGUAGUACCAAAUAUGUUAGAUCUUUUCUUGGAAGGUUUUUGGGCAGGAGAAGGAACAAGGGAGCUUGUGAACCAUCUGAUGAUAGUAGCAGUUGAUCAGACGGCGUAUGAACGAUGUAUCUUUCGUGGUCUUCAUUGUUAUCGUCUUGUAACGGACGGUGUAGAUUUCAUGGGGGAGAAAGUUUUCAUGUCUCAUGAUUUCAUCAACAUGAUGUGGAGUAGAACUCUCUUUCUCCGUGACGUCCUCAAAAAAGGAUACAACUUCAUCUUUACGGACACCGACGUAAUAUGGCUAAGGAACCCUUUCAAAAUUCUAACCACAAACAAAACCCGACAUUUUGACAUCCAAUUCAGCAUAGAUGUUUACAACGGCAACUCAAGUUCUACCAAAAACCCUAUCAACACUGGUUUUUACUUUGUAAAAUCCAACAACAAAACCAUCUCAUUGUUCGAAAAAUGGUACGAGUUGAAGGAUAACUCAACUGGUCUAAAAGAGCAAGACGUCUUACAACAUAUGACAUGGGAAGGUGUCCUAACUGAGUUGGGUAUUAGAGCCCGGUUCCUUGAUACCCGGUUUUUUAGCGGUUUUUGUCAAAUGAGUAGAGAUGUUCGGUCUGUUGUCACGGUUCAUGCAAAUUGUUGCCGGUUCAUUAGUGCUAAAGUGGCUGACUUGAAGCGAGUCCUACAUGAUUGGGCUCAGUUUCGGGUUGCUCCAGCAAAUGUAACCAGGUCUUUGCGGUGGUCACCACACAUGGAUUGCAUUAACUCGUGGCAUAUUAAUGUUAAAAGUGCAAACACUACUUAAUUAUUUUUACUUACUUGACACAGAUUAAAUGUUGUUCAUCAUAAUUUAUGGUUGUUUUUUUGUUCCUAGAAAGUUUAUACACAAACACGAUAUUUUGAGGGACUCAUGAGUCAUGUGUGUAAUGUAUUGUAUUUUACAGAAUAACAAAAAAAAAAUAAAAAGGUUUUAUUUUUCCGAA